CCUCCCCUGCCAUAAGUACUUUCAUUUUGUAAACACGGUGAUUAGAGAUACAUGCGUUACAGUAAUUUCAGAUACAAACGCCCAGAAUUCCAGGUGUGACUUGUAGACAGUCAACAUGGCAGAGGUUCUUGGUGCGGCCUUCAUACCCUAUUAUGGACAUCUGAUAGAAAUUUUGGAGACCAACCCAGAAAUGAAAAAGAGUGCAAAAGGGAUUUUCAAACAGAUGGCAUGGGGUGCAGGAGGCACAGCAGUUGGAGGAGUUUUAUUGGGGCCUGCUGGGGCACUUGUAGGGGGACUGGCUGGAUCACUGAUUGGCUACAUGAAGUCCGACGAUUACCAGGCUAUGAUUGUAGUGAUGAAAAACCUCAGCGACAGUGAUAAAGAAAGAAUAGUGAGAAAAGUACAGGAAUUAGUAGGAAGUGUUGGUGUUGAGGAACUAGUUCGCUUCAUCGGGUCGCAGGUCCAGCGAGACGCAUUGUUACACCUUCUCCGAGGAGCUCUUAGCGACUUAAAGGGAGGCUGAUAUGAUUGACAGGCUCAGUUCAUUUGUUGUUUAGUUUAGACGAUUUGUACAUUAUCAUUCUUGCGUGAGUAACUGAUACAUGUAGCUUAUUAUAGAUGAGUGCCUUAUCUGGAGUAAUAAGAUGUUUGGUGAAUUACGUAUCAUAUAUGUAGCAUAAUACCAUGACUGUGUAACUAGUGUAAUGAAUUUACAUUUUUAUUGUAGUAGUAUUUAAUCCUUAAAAAUUGGUGGGUUUUUUUUGGCAAAACUUUUAGGGAUAGGGAAAAUGCUAAGUAGACAUUGAAUUAUCAGCUGUUCACAGUUUAAAAUCGACUGAAUUUCAAAAGAUUUAAAAGAUUUGCCCCUACUGUAUAACUUUUUGGGGGCAUGAUAAUGAAACGUGACAAAUUAUUCCAAAUAUCCUCCAAGAAUUAUCACCGACCUGAAUCCUACACUUGUACAUGGUAAAUGAAACAUUAAUGUAUUUCCAUAUUUGAUAUGUUUGAUACAACAUCAGAUAAUGUAUAUUAGCAGAGUAAAAUAUAUUGUGCCUUUAGAUGUCUUGUUACUAGAUUUAGAGUUGUCGCCCUUUUGUCAAUUGCGUGACUUUGAAUUAUCCCCCCUUAAAAUUCCAUACUGCUGGAACGCUGUAUUUGAGCAGUUGUAUCAAAUAUAUCAAUGCAUUACUUAGAUUGUGUCAGAUUGAAGCCUUGUAAUUGUAUGAUGCAAUUAAUUUAUUAUAUAUUUUGUGUCGGUAUGUGAAUAAGUGUUAAGAAGUUUGAUUAUGAGUAAUUGUUUUUUCUGUCAUUCAUAUUGUAUGCAUCAUCUCAAACAGCGUCUGAAAUAUGUCACGUUUGUAUAGUCCAUUUCUUGUGUUGUCUUAGUGUGUAUCUAAGUCCGUCGGGUCCGGUGGCACAGCAGUAACACACUUACCCUUCACCUCGGCGGCCGGGGUUCGAUUCCCCGAUCGGACGUGAAAAGGUAUAUAUGGGGUCACUUGCCCGACCACGUGGGUUUUCCCCGGGUACUUGGUUUCCUCCACCAUUAAGACCCCUCGCGUGCUUCCAUUUGUUUCGAAAUUGUUGUAAAAUAAAUAAAGUUUACAUUGACAUCUAAGUCCGUUGUGAUAAACUAGUAUAUUUAUUUAUGUUUGAUUGCCCUGUAUAUCAAAACACUGUGUGGUUGUUAUGGUUCUUUAAGAGAUGUAUGGUACAUACCAUAUUUGUCAUUAUUAUACGAACUUUAUUUACAUGUAUCUUCAAUUUGUAUUGACUGUUGCUACUGACAAUGACCAAUGAUUUGAAGUGAUAAAAUACACAAUAAGGAACCAUUAUAUCACUAAUACAAUGUAUCCAUAUUGACCUGCCAGAGUUUGAACACAUCGUAUAAAUCGAUAUUUGGUUUUGUAUCUAUAUAACACCAAUAAAGAUCAUUUUUAAACAUG